AUGGAUCGAUUGCAGGUUAGCGCACAGGGCUACCGCUCGCUUGUUUCUAACGGCCAACUCAAACGGAGGCUGGAGCCAGCGUAUGUCGAUAACAUGUCAAGCUUCGCGAAGGUCCUCGCCACAGGAACCGGAUGCGAACGAGGGAUCGAGAAUAAGCGAAACGUUUAUAACGAACUACCAAUGUCUCUCGUCUCGUCUAACUACUUAAUGGCCCGGAAAGCUGGACGGGGAAAAAGAAACCACAUGCCCUUAGGGUAUUCUUUUUUUCCAUUCCAAUCGACGUCACGGCGAACAGUUGGGUCGAAAGAGGCAUCGUGGGGUGGUUCUUUGGAUUGUCUGGGUAUAGUCUUACGGAGUCACGAUGUGCGAUUAUUUCCCUGUUCAACAAUGGACAAGUCCGACAGUGGAAGUAGUGCGGAUGAUGUUCAGGGGCAGAGUUCCACCCGCGAAGAAGAAGAAGAAUGGACGAUCAUCGCGUUAUCCACCGGACGGACGAAAAAGGUGUUGGUGUAUUAUUUAUGUACUGUAUCACUCUGGCUUUCCGCCCUAAAGCAGUUCGAACCUUGGAAACGGUCCGUGAUAUGUACAGUAUCAAUUGCGCCCGUGGAGAAAAUUGCGGUACCAUAAUAACGCAAUCUCCGGUGGCUUGAGAGAUCAUGCUAUGUACAGUACAAGAAUAUACCAUGAUCGAGUGAGUAGGUUUAGGGUGUACUUUGUAGUAUCGUAUCUGUGUUCCAGAGUAAUAAUA